CUAAAGUUUCAACACAAGAUGUCGCCAAGGAGCAACAACAAUUGCCUCGUGCUGCUGGCAAUCUUUGCCUGCGCUGCUGGUGUGGCCCAAGCGCGCAUUGAUGACAUUUGCUCGCUGUUCUCGGACGGCACCAUCAUACGAGAUCCCGAGUCCUGCAGUCGCUACAUCAAAUGCGAGGACUUCAAGAGCACCUACACCACUUGCCCCAGGACCACGCCCUACUUCGACAAGGACAAGCAGACGUGCGUGAAGUCACUCGACGCCGCCGAUGACUGCAAUUUGUCAUGCGUUGGCGCCUCGAGGCAAUUCAUAGCCGAUCCCAAGUCUUGUUUCGGCUACUAUUACUGCGAGGAUGAGGAGACGCCCGUGUACGGCACUUGCGCAUUGGGCACGCACUUCAAUGUGACCACACAGGAGUGCUUCUGGGCCUCCAUGUCGGAGUGCAAGACCAGCGCCUUCGACUACUGCAGCAUCAUAAAGAACGACGUGAACUUUGACAACGUGGCGGGCUGCAAUCGCUACCAUGUCUGCAAGAAGGGCAAGCUGGAGGACAAGGCCUGCAGCAGUAAGUACUACAGAGCGAGCACGGGCGAGUGCGUGGCCAAGACGCUGGUGCCCUGCGCGGCGCAUCCUUACCCCAGCAAUGUGUGCGGCACGACGAAGAGUCCCAAGAAGAACUACAAGGCAAAGGACGGGGCCACCUGCCAGGGCUACUUCUACUGCACCGAAACCGCGGAUGGCUCGCCGGACCCCAGUCCGUUCUGGGCCAAGUGUCCCACCGAUAAGUUCUUCGACGAGAAGUCGCAGAGCUGCAAGGAGCCCAACUCAGUGGUCUGCAACGAGGAUCGCUGCCAGGGACGCACCCUGCCCUUCGUGCUGAGCAGCCAGACUGGCUGCCGACACUAUCUGCGCUGCAAGGACAAUCGCAUAAUGGACGAGCGGUCCUGCGGCAAUUACUUCUUCGACGAGGCGAACGGCGUGUGCGUCAACCAGAUUCUGAAGUACGCCAUUUGCUAAGCCACCAUUUACUUAUUGAACAUAUUGUUUAAACUUGUAUAUAAUAUAUACACACUCUAAUUUAGUAAUAAAUAUUCAAGCAUU